ACUCAAGGCCGUGGUCGUAUUCAGCACAUUGUUUUGGCCGAUCUCUGACUCAAAGGUGUCGCACGGUCGCACCUUCACUAAAGAGAGAUCACGAGGAGGAGGACUUAGUAAGCAAUAUAAGGGGAUACAGGUCAAAAAGAAAAAGAGGAGGAAGAAGAAGAAGCCACUCGGUCACCCCUGCAAGUGGCGCUCCAGUCCCAGACAGACUGCCAGAGUGCCAGUGCCGGUAUGGCUGCGGAUGUAGAAGGAUGGUCAUUCUGCGGCUCCCGUCUGUGGGAUGCUAACCUCACCUGGUAUGCAGACACGCCCCAGUUUCCACGAUGCUUUGAGAGGACAGUAUUGGCAUGGGUUCCAUGCGUCUUCCUAUGGGUGCUGGCACCAGUUGAGACCCAUUUCAUUAUCCGGAGCCAUGAUAGAGAUGUGCCUUGGUCUUGGGUUAAUGUCUCUAAAUUGGCUGGGUCAUUAGUGCUCCUGAUGCUGCAGCUGAUUGACUUUUUUCAUGCCCUUUACCAAUGGAUGGUUGGGGAACCUGUUUAUGGGGUGCAUUUUGUGACUCCUGCUUUUCUCUUUGUCUCCUUGUUUUUGCAGUUUUCACUGGUGAUAGUUGAAAGAAAAAGAGGUUUCCAGAGUUCAGGCUACCUCUUCCUCUUUUGGGUGUUGGCUGUAGCGUGUUUUUUGCCAGAGUUUCUGUCUCACAUCUAUGCAGGUCCGCACCAGGAGGGUGAAGGAGUGAGCUUUGGUACAUUCAUGGUGUUCUACCCUCUCACUGUGUUGAUGCUUGUGUUCAACUGUUUUGGGGAUGCUCCGCCACGCUAUGUUCAUUACCCACAGAGCCAGAAAAGCUGCCCUGAAACUGGUGCAUCCUUCCUCAGUAAACUUACAUUUUCAUGGAUGGACUCCCUCAUUUGGAAGGGGUACAAACAGCCUUUGGAAAAUUCUGAUCUCUGGGAUCUCUCCUAUGAAAAUUCUUCCAGCACAAUUGUAGCAAACUGGAAUAAAAACUGGAAGAAAGUCUCAGCUAAAUCCUACAGGUGAGCAGAUUGAUCUUAUUGUUUGAAAAGCUUCAGAGUAAUACAGGGAGAAAUAUGCAAAGAAGUUUUGUGGUUGUGACAAAUUAAGGAUCUCUCAUGACAAUUCUUCCAGCACAAUUGCAGUAGAGCAGAAAGAAAAAUUGGAAUAGAACCUUUGUCAAACUUUGUUGGGCAUAUAUUAAAGCUUAUUAAUAAGGGGAAUCAUGAAUAUAAACAGCCAAGGGUUUUAGGU